AUGACGCCCACUGUAACUCUCUACGAACUAUGCGUACCGGUCCUCCGGAAGGCCAUGCAGAAUCACUUGGUGGUUUUGAAGAAAGGCGAGGAGUGGUGCGAGGAGAACGGGUACCCGCACUCGAAGCUCCUCGACGCUAGACUCUCCCCUGACAUGCACCCACUCUCCCUUCAGAUCUUCUUCCAGGUCACCACUGCCACACGAGCCCUCCAGCGCCUCGCUAACAUGGAAGUGCCCACAUUCAACUUUGGCGCGGCCUCUUUCCAGGACCUGUACACACAGAUCGAAGAGGCCUUGCAAUGUUUUGAGGAAGCACGUCCGGAGUGUUUCGGCGGAAAGGACAAGAUGCCUGUCACGAUCGACGUGCCCAACAUGUGGCAUUUCGACUUGAACGGCUUGACCUAUCUGCAGGAGUUUGUCAUGCCAAAUUUGGACCUGCUUGAGGAUGUUCAUAAGAUUUGA